CAUGUUUGAUACGUUGAUUGAAUAUGCAUGGUUCGAGUAUAAUUGUAAUCAUGUCUGAUUCUUUCUAGUCUAAACUAUACAUAGGCAAUCGAAUAACCAAAGAAACAAAAACAACACAAAGAAACGAUCAGAUCAUUUUUCAUGACUACUUUUUAAUUAUUUAAACACUUGUGUUAUUGUUUGUUUUUUUUUUGGUUUUAGAUUUCAUAUGUAGUUUAGACUACAAAGAAUUAACCCUGGUUAUAAUUAUACUCGAGCCAAAUUCCAUCAACUAAUUAAACAUAAACUUGGUUUAUUUCCAUUGUUUUAAAAUGUUUAAAGAAUCUCAUGUCAAGUUUCAAACAAAUCUUCAACUUGCAUUAAGUAAAUAUCCUUUGUAUACUAAAUGCAUAUGAAGAAAAUCUUAUUGACUUUAUGGAAUGGAAAGCCUAGUACGCAUCAUUCUCUUCCUUAUAGAGAUUGUGAAAAGCUUACCACCAAACACAUAAAUUGAUUGACAAUGAAAUAAGUAAAUAUUAUUAAAGAAGUUGAUAAUGGAUAGAGUUGGUGAGAUUUGGGUGAAAGCCUUUUCUGCCUCUCAUCCUCUUCACCAACCAUGCUCAUACCUCUCACCUAUCUUAUGGUAGGACUUGUUAGCCAGUAGAACUACUAGUAUUGUAUAAGUCAUGAAAAUUAUGAUAUAAUAUGUAUUGUUGUUUCGAUAUAGUCAUUUUAGAUACUUCCAUCUCAAUCUUUUUCUAAAAUUAAGCUAUAAUAGAUACAUAAAAUAAAGAUAUUACGAUCCAAAUUGAGUGUAUAUCUUUCUCAAACAAAAAAAAUUGAGUGUAUAUGACCGACAGCACACUAUAUACAAAAUGGCAUGUUUAAAAUGAAGUGUUUGUUACACUUAAGUAGCUCCCAAACCAAAUGAUGUGUACCUUAGAUCACAUGUAUUUGUUUUCGUCUUCUUCUUUACAUUCUCGUGGAAAAUGAAGUAAAACUGUAAGAGUAUAUAUCUGCUGUAAUAUGUUCAUCUAGAUGUGGUUUAUUCAAUAGGUUACACUUUAAUUAACUUUGGUUAUCAUGUAAAACUACUUACGUUCAAAGACUUGCCAUACAUAUAUUGUCAAUGACUGGUUAUAAAUCUUGAAAUACUAUAAAAAGAAUCUUCAAAUUUCUUGUACAAAAACAUUAUUGUUGACGCAGGAAUAAUUGUUCAGGGGUGACGAUUUGAUGACCUCAAAUUAGAGAGGAUGAAAGACGAGCACAGGGAAGUCGGUUCAAUCUCUGCAGCCACAUGGCUAAGAUUUUUUUAAUUUUUUUAAAUUAAAUUUUAUAUUGAUUAAUCAAAGAAUAAACUGGCAUUUACAAUGGGUAUGAAAAGAAGCUAAAAGCUAUACAAAAAUAUCACUUCCUAUUAGAAGAAGAGACCCAUUUCAUCUUGUAUAUACUUCCAGCCAGCGCCUGAAUAGACCAGCAUACUUGUGAUUUUUUUCAUUUUAUCCUUGUGGUUAGGUAAAUGUAACCAAUUAAUGAGUGUCUUUUUGUUUGUCUACCUGCAUUGCAUCCGGAACAGGAUUCUUGUUUCUCUUAGCCGAGAAUUUUAUAUCCGGCUUGUUUCGGGUUUCUUUCAUUCUCACCCACCCAUUAACCGAUACACGCCUUAGAUGAAAUUUUCUUUUUAUACAAAUCUACUUGAAAACUCUUGUUCAAGCCUGGCUAGAGUCAGCAAUUAAUAACUCUAUAACCCAAGAUUCUAACUGAAACUCACUUGAUAUGACAAAUAAGAACGCGUGGUAGCUACUUGCUAGUAAGCGAGAACACUCAAGGGCUUUGAAGGUUCUUGAUUUCCUCUUCUUUAGCAUACCAAGCUAGUACGAACUUGGAAAGUUGAGGGUUAGAGGUCUUUGUAAGAGUUUUUUAUAGGUCCUUCCGCAACUCCAGUACUAGUGGCCACUGAUACUGACAAGGGGGUUCAAUAUCAAAGAUUGUUUGUUUUAAAGUGAAAAUCUGAUGUUAAGAAUGUUUCAGUUCACAACAGACCUCGACUGUUUCCUUGUAAAACUUUUUCUUCUUUCCAGAAUCCAAACGUCAGAAUUGCCAUGAUGAUCCAACGGCUGAUGGUUUGUGGACCGGACAACCGAAACCAGUGUUUAUGUGUGUUUGAUCGGACGGACACACGUUGAUGAUAAAAUAAAUAGGCUUUUUAAAACAAAUCUGGCCCAACAUUUUGAAGCCCUAUAUUGUUUUACGGUCUGCUAACUUUCUAAUUACCUCUAAUUAUUGUCCAUGCAUCAUGCGAGAUAUAUCACACAUGGGUCAUGGCGCACCAAUUUCAGUACGUCGCACAUGAUAGAAAACAUACUCCCUCUAUUUUUUUAUUUUUUUUAUAUGAUGUUUUAGAAGAUAUUUUUGUUUUAAUUUGUAUGAUGUUUUGAAUCUUUCUAUGUAAAAUUAUCAAAAUAAUUGAUUAAAAUAUUAAAAGUUAAUGUAUAGUUUAUUUCUUAUUUAUUCUAAAUAGCAAUGAUUAAUUAUUUUUAAUUACUUUUUUGGUGUAAUCAGUGUUUUUUUUUGUUUUGAACAAGGGCAUAAUACAAUCAGUGUUUUUGAAAAAAAUAUUUGUUUUCUUCUUAAUAUGUGUGUUUAUCCUAAAACAUCAUAUAAAAAAAAACAGAGGGAAUAUUAAAUAGCUAAGCAGUGACAUGAGCAUAGGCAUACUUAGACACAUAAUACAUGCCAGUAUAAGUUCAUAACACCACACACAUUACACCUAGCUAUCACGUUAAAAUCUAGGUCGGAUUUGCAACAACAAAAUAUGUGUACUAAACUAUGUGUGUUACACUGACUUAAACCACAAAAAAAAAUUAUUUAACUUUGGGAAACACAAAUUUAUGGAAGAAUUCAGACUAAUUUAUAAGGAAAAAUAUAACCCACGGAUAAACAUUUUUCGGAAUAUACAAAAUCUAAUUUGUAUAGAUGUUCAAAAAUGUGAUUUAGUUUUACACGAUAGAUAGAUAACUUUUAUAGUGUUUCAAGCUCGUUUCAUUACCAAUCAGCUACUAGUUCUUGGACAAACCAUAAAAUCUUUACUACAAACUUUUGAAAUAAUCUGACUUGUAUAAUGAGUAAAAGAUUGGAUGCCCCGAAUUGAAAUGCACGGAACUGGUCCUCAUGCCUUGCAAUCGCGACUCGCAAGGGUAUUUUUAUAAUAAUAAUUGACUUUUAUGAACUGUCCUAAACUAACCUAAGAAUAAUUCAUGCUGAGUUUUGAUUUCUUGUGAACAGCAAAAUCAAAACUGCGAUAUAAUUAAAAGUUAUAGUUAUGAACUUAUGCCAUAUUUAUUUAUACAGCAAGCUCAAAAUGACAUAUGAACUAACACAUGUAAGCAAAUGAUUGAUUAGCACAAGUAUUUUAUAUUCUUAAACACAAUAUUAAUGCACUAUAUUUUACUAUCAUAAUAUAUAUAUAGUAAUUCACUGUUUUAUUAUAUUGGUUGAUACCGCCAUGAGGAGAUCUCUUCUUUGAAUCUCUUUUAUGGUAGUCUUUUUAAUGUCAUUAUAAUUUAUUAGAAGAUAAAAAGUUGUAUAGUUCCGUAGACUAAAUUUAUAUGAGUUUCGUCAACAAGAACAUAUCUAUUCUUCUCACCACAUGCCCUAAUAAUACUAGCGAUGUUUCAAACAUAAACAUCAAAAGAGAAAAUAGAUAAUUAAAAGAAACUUUCCGGUCAUCUGUGAUGACUUGCUCACGAAUCGUUCGUCUUAAAGUAGAUAUGGCUAACUUCACAGAUCCCGAUAAAGCAAAAUCACGGCCUUCUAUGAUCCUCUUUGCGUACUUUUACUGCAGUUCAUCCAAACAUAUUCUCAAAAUAUAUUUAGUUUGAGAGGUGUUCAAAAAAAAAAUAUCUAGUUUGAGUUGUUUCAACAUAAAGCUAACCAUGAUGUGAAUGUGAAUAUACAUGACAAUUACAAAUAUACACCCUUUUCAUCAAAACCCUCUUGAUAUUUUUAAGUACCAAUGACUUUUAGAACUUUACAUCACUUCCAAAUAUCGUUCUAAAGUGAAUCGCAAUACUUUAGUUUGACGUUAGCAAUUUCUACAUAACUUAAACUAUACAUGAAUUUAGAUUACAGUAUAUUUUCGAUCUGUUGUAUGCUUUCAUUCUGAUUCUAGAAUUUCCAUCCACCAACUUUUUAUUAUCUUUCUGAAAAUUUUAUUUGACUUUUUCGCCCACCAACUUUUAAUUAUUCUUGGAUAAACUCAUUACGUUUUGUUGUUUAGUGGGAGUUUAAUUAAAAUCCGUGGGUUAUAAUUUUUAUAAACGAGUUUAUAUGUCAAAUAUAUAUGCAACAACAAAUAUAUAUUCUAUAUUGUUGGUACUCGUUGGAAUACGACGUUUUGUAUGUAUUUGACCGUUAAGAACGCCCUCGUUGGCUAUUUGAUUAUUUCUCCCUUCUUCAUAAUAUAAUAGUAUCCAAUAAUUUGAAAUUCUUUGUUCUUAAUUAGUCAUCCCUAUGAGUAGAUUGGUCUUAUCAAAUAUUUUAAUCUAUAAUUAAAUCCAUAAAACAACUUGUCUACACCGAUGGCAUUAUGAUAUGACAACAACAUUUUUGGAUUUUUUUGAGUUGAAGUUUGAACCAUAAAACUAGUUCCGGGCCAUGCAGCCUUUUACCACAAAAAAAUAAAAUGUUUAUUUCCGGUUCAACCCACAAGAUUGUUAAUCUAAGUUAGCUGGAACCCAGAUAAUAAGAUUGGAGCAUGCCAGAUAGAAUACAUCACUAUUUCAACUUUUAUAGUUGUUGAUUAAGACAUAAAUUCCAUAUAAGGGAGAUUAAUAUGUCACUGAUGCAAUUAUUCCAACCAAGUCGAUUAAUAUAACAAACAUUAAUACUAAUUAGGCAUUUUACCAAACAUGAUUUAAAGGAAAAAGGGAUCUUGUGAUCCAAGCAACAUAUAAACGCAACUCAAAAGAUGGGUUUGGCCAAAGUCCCUUUCUCGCUCUCCCACACGUCUCCCUAAUCCAUCCCUCUAUCUAGACCAAGAGAGAAGAAAACCUCAAGACUUAGUAUGUUUCUCUCUCUCUCCCCCUAAACAAUACCAGAAACGUCUCUCUCUCUCUCUCUCUCUCCUCCAAAGAAUAAUAUAUGCUAACGUCGUUGUCUUAAGAUAUAUAAACUCUGUUUUCAAAGGAAAACCUUACAACAACACCCAGAAAACGCCUCUACUACUUGAUCUCUCUCUUUCUCUCGCCUCUAGCUAGAUAGGUAGAGGUUCUGUUUACUGAGAAAAAGUUCUAUCUUACCCUCUAUAUGUUUCUCAUCUAUGUGACUUGAUCAACAAGUAAAUGAUGAGACAGAAUCUGAAAAAAGUUGAACACAUCAAACAAGACGAGUCUAUGAAGAUGUUUCCUUAUGUCCUCGGUUUGAAUAAUUCUUCUGGGAACAGCGCAAAGAGACCUAAGCCUAAGCUUGUAUAUCUUCUUCUCUUCACACUUGUCUCAAGUUGUUUUGUCUUUGCUCCUCACCUCUUUUAUUUCCCUUACCCCUCUGCUCUCUUUCUCAUCGAUUCUUCAAUAAAAGAGAUUGAAGAUAGAGUUUCGCAGAACAUUACUGACCCUCCCAAACCGUCUAAAAAUGAUUCUUCAAUAAAAGAGAUUGAAUACCUUGUUUCACAGAACAUUACAGAACCUCCCAAACCGUCUAAAAAUGAAGAGAGCAUAUUAUGUGACAGAACCGGUUAUCGUUCAGACAUAUGUUUCAUGAAAGGAGACAUCAGAACACACUCUCCUUCUUCCUCCAUCUUCCUCUACACCUCCAGUGAUGACCAUGUCUCCCAAGAAAUAAUCAAACCAUACACAAGAAAGUGGGAAACUAGUAUUAUGGACACCAUCGGUGAGCUGAAACUUGUGAAGCUUUCCGGCGAUAAGCAUAGCUGCCAAGUCACCCACGAAGUGCCAGCCGUGCUAUUCUCCACCGGAGGAUACACCGGAAACCUCUACCAUGAGUUCAACGACGGGCUCAUACCUUUGUUUAUAACAUCUAAACGUUACAACAGAAAGGUUGUCUUUGUGAUUGCUGAGUAUCACAAGUGGUGGGAGAUGAAGUAUGGAGAUGUUAUCUCUCAGCUCUCUGAUUAUCCUCUCAUUGAUUUCACCAAAGACAAGAGAACUCACUGCUUCAAGGAAGCUAUCGUUGGUCUUAAGAUCCAUGGUGAGUUAACUGUGGAUCCUUCUCAGAUGCAAGACGAUAGAACAACUAUCACUGAGUUCAAGAACCUACUUGAUCAAGCUUAUAGACCAAGAAUCAACGUACUGGACGCUGCAGAGGAGCGUCGGUUCAAGGGAAAAGCAGCAAAGAGAAGAAACGCUAAGAAGCCUAAGCUAGCUUUGUUCUCAAGAACCGGUUCUCGAGCCAUAACAAACGAAGACCAGAUGGUGAAACUGGCUCAGAGGAUUGGGUUUCAAGUCGAGGUUUUGAGACCUGACAAAACAACAGAACUAGCAAAGAUCUACAGAGUUCUCAACUCAAGCACAGUCAUGGUUGGGGUGCAUGGAGCAGCAAUGACUCAUUUUCUGUUCAUGAAACCUGGAGGUGUCUUUAUUCAGAUCAUUCCACUAGGGACAGAUUGGGCAGCAGAGACGUAUUACGGAGAACCGGCAAAGAAGCUUGGUCUAGACUACAUUGGUUAUAAGAUUCUUCCAAGAGAGAGCUCACUGUAUGAACAAUAUGAUAAAAAUGAUCCAAUCCUAAGAGAUCCAAGAAGCAUCACUCAGAAAGGAUGGCAGUUCACAAAGGGGAUAUACUUAACCAAACAGCAAGUGAGGUUAGAUCUGAGGAGAUUCAAGAAGAUUUUGAGUGAUGCUUAUGCAAAAUCAAAUAGAUGACCUGCAAUGUGUUUUCACAAGUUGUUGUUGUUGUAACUGUAUAGUCUGCACAAAAAAACAGUAAAUGCAAAGUUCUU